AUGAGUUCUCAGAAAGAUUUUGUGCCUUUAGAAACUGGAGGAAUUGAAUUACCAAACAGAACUGGAAAUCUCGGGCUGCAAAUAUCCGAUGAAGAUGACUAUCUUUUAUCUCAAGCCUUCGAUUAUUUUAUACAACAACCUUUAAACAAUCCUGUUGAAAUUAUCAGUAAGAAAGAAGAAUGCUCUAAAGAAAAAAAAUGCAAGAAGGAUAAACGUAAAUGCAAACAGAGCAACGAAAAUACAAACAAUUCAGAAAGUAUAGAAAAUAGUACUGGUAGUGAUUCCGCGUCUUGGAAAAUUAACGUCGCAAAAAAACGAAGAGCGGAAGGCUUAUCAUAUGUUACUGGGAAAAAAGAAGAUAAAGAUCCUCGUGGACGUAAAGAAGCCCCAAAUAAAACCCCACCUGAAAAAAUAGAAGAAAUCAAAAGCCAUAUAGCUUCUUUCCCAACAAUGGAAAGUCACUACACUAGGAAGCAAUCGAACUUAAGUGCUGGGCUUUCCAUAGCUAAGAUGUAUUCUUUGGAGUUCAACUUGAGCUUUUUCGUGCCCAAGAAAGACCAAUGUCUUGUCUGUACUAAAUACAAUCAUGCAAACGCAGAUGAAAAAGCAAAUUUAGUACAAAACUAUAAUGAUCACAUAGAAAGGAAACGAGCAUGCAAUGCUGAAAAGGCCAAGGAUAAGGAGAGAGCAGAAAGAGAACUAAACUUUUUAUCAGCAACAUUUGAUCUUCAAGCUAUUUUACAAAUUCCUAGUACUCAGGUUGGCCUUCUUUAUUAUACCAGAAAAUUGACUGUUUAUAACUUAACGUUAUAUGAAAGCGCGCUACCAAACGAAGCAUAUUGCUUUGUAUGGACGGAGGUACACGUCAAAAAAAGUAGCUCGGAAGUUGGCACUAUUCUAGCCCAUUAUUUAACAAACUGCAUUCCAGAAAAUGUAACAGAGGUUAAUUUGUUCUCCGAUACAUGCGGGGAACAAAACCGAAAUCAGUUCAUAGCCGCUUUACUCUUGUGGGUUAUCAAUCAGAGCAAACAAUUACAGAUUAUUGAGCACAAGUUUUUGGAGUCUGGCCAUUCUUACAUGGAGGCCGACUCAAUGCAUAGCUCAAUUGAAUCUGCGAAAAAACAUCGUGACGUGUAUUGUUUAUCGGACUGGAUCAAUAUAUUCAAAGAUGCCCGAUCAAAAGACACGUAUAAAAAGGGCACCAAGAAAGUGAAGAAAAACAAAUACAACUUAAAACAGUUCACGUAUUCUGAAUUCAAAGAUCUGAAACAAUUAGCGAGCACUAUAAUUUUGAACAAGACAACAAACACGGAAGGUCAGAGAAUUCAAUGGCUUAAGAUAAAAAGGAUGAAAUACAUAAAAGGUGAUCGAAACAUAUACUAUAACUAUGAUAUGUCAACCAAUUUCAUGAUAAUGGACGUCACUUGCUCAGGAACACAACUAAAUACAUCUGCAACUACUGUAUCGGAAAGUCACGGCUAUGCGACAAGGCGUAAAUCGAAACAACCAGACGCCUGUGAACAUGCGACCUCUUCGACUAGCUGUGAGUUCAUAUUUCCUUCUUUGCAACAGCUGUACAACAAACCAUUGCCCAUAACUGUAGCCAAAAAGAAAGAUUUAUUAAAUCUAUGCGAAAAGGGUGUUCUACCUGAAGAGUACCAUGGCUGGUUUCAGUCUUUGGCUACAGAUAACAGAACUGUUGACUGUUUACCUGAAGCAGCAAUUUCUGAAGAGUCUGAUUUAUCUGACAAUGAGUAG